AUGAAAACUGAAUCAAGUACUACAACAUUAGAAGGAUUAAAUGAAACACCACCAUUUGGAUCAUAUUUAAAGAGAUCAUAUAUACGAAUCGGUAUUCUUCUCGGUAAUAAUGAUUUAUGUUGGAGUCCAUAUUGUAUUAAAGCAGCUAAUCAUCUAAUCAACAGUAUUGAUCAAUCAGCUGAUCCAUGUGACAAUUUUUAUCAAUUUGCUUGUGGAACAUGGCUCAAAAAUAAUGAAACAUCUGAGAAUGAAUAUAAAUGGAAAUUUCCCAAUAUAAUACUUGAUGAAAACAUUGUUGAUUUACUAUCGACAAAUGAAACAGUUAAACUUCAAUCUGUAAUGAAUGCUCGUAUUUUAUAUAGUUCAUGUAUUAAUCAAACAAAUAUUGAAAUAGAAGGAAUUGAUCCUGUUUUAUCAUUAAUUAAUACUCAGUUUGGUGGUUGGCCUAUGUUACAAGGUUUAUCACGGAAUAGUUCAACGUUUAAUUUAACAAAUCUAUUAUUUAAACUUCAUCAAUAUAAUUAUGAUUUUAUUUUCUCGAUAUCUAGUGAAAUUGAUGAGAAAAAUUCAUCAGCAACUACUAUUUUAAUUCGUCAAGGUACUCUUGGAUUACUACAACGUCAAUAUUAUGUAAAUGAAACCAAUAUUACAAUUGCUUAUCGACAAUUUAUGUAUAGCAUAGCCAAAACAUUGACCAAUGAUACUUCAAUGAUCGAUCAAGAUAUCAAAGAAAUAUUCGAUUUUGAAAAGAAUAUUUCAAAAUAUCAUUGGACUAAUAAUGAACAACGAGUUCGAUAUAAUAAAACAAUUCGAACAACAAUUUCUAAUCUUUCUCAUACAUUAAAAACUAGUCGUUUUAUAAUGAGUCAAUCGGAAUAUAUGCCAAAAUCUAUUCGUAAUAUUAAAGAACAAUUUGAUCUAAUUUUUCAAGAUACUUCUACUGAAGAACUAAGAACAAUAAAAUGUGCUGUUUAUGUUAAUAAGAAUAUGGGUUUUGUAGUUUCGAAACUUUAUAUUAAAAAUUAUUUUGAUGAAAAUGCUCAUAAUCAGUCGUUAAAAAUACUUGAAAAUAUUCAAAAUACAUUUAUGGAUCUUAUCAAUCAAUCUUAUUGGAUGGAUGAUAAAUCAAAAAUGAAAGCAAUAGAAAAAGCUAAAACUAUCGAUAAAAAAAUUGCUUAUCCAGAUUAUUUAGUCAGUGAUAAUAAUACAAAACUCGAAAAUGAUUAUUCAGCAUAUGUUUUCAAUUCAUCUUAUAUUCAUAAUAGUUUCAAAAUUCAUCAAAUAAAAGCUAUAGAAAACUUUCAAUUUCUUCGAAAACCUGUUCUUCGAAAACUAUGGCCAUCUAUUUCACCAACUACUAUUAAUGCAUAUUAUGAUCCAUCUCAAAAUCAGAUUAUUUUUCCGGCUGGCAUUCUUCAAAUGCCAUUCUUCCAUAAAGAUGCUCCAAAAUACCUUAAUUAUGGUGGCAUUGGAACGAUUAUUGGACAUGAAAUUACACAUGGAUUUGAUGAUACAGGUCGUCAAUUUGAUAAAGAUGGAAAUCGAAUAUCUUGGUGGACUAAUGAAACAAUUGAAAAAUUUAAUAAUCGUAAACAAUGUUUUAUUGAACAAUAUAGUAAUUUUAGUGUACCAGAAAUUAAUAUGAAUAGCAAUGGUAAUCAAACACAAGAUGAAGAUAUUGCUGAUAAUGGUGGACUUAAAGCUGCUUUUUAUGCAUAUCAAAAAUGGGCUAAAAAUAAUGUAAAUGUUGAUAAAAAAUUACCAGGUCUAACACAAUAUUCAACUGAACAAAUGUUUUUUAUCCAUUUUGCUCAUAUUUGGUGUACUAGAAUAAGUAUUUCACGUGCAUUCAAUAGGAUUCUAACUGAUGUUCAUUCACUUGAACAUUUUAGAAUAAUUGGUUCUACAUCAAAUUUUGACGAGUUUGAUCGAGUAUUUGGUUGUAAAUUAGGUCAAAGAAAUAGUCGAAUGAAAAAAUGUGUUGUUUGGUAG